AAAAUAUUGGAGGAAAAAGGGAAGUCAACUUCGACUUCUUAGGAUUAAUCUGGGAUUUGAUCCUAUCAAAUAUCAAUUUAAUCUUAAAAAAUUGAAACUCUGUAAGGACAAUCGUUUCUUCCAAGUUUCUUUUGGUACUACGUUGCAGGCGUUGUCUUUGACUACGUUCGGUGGAAAAAAAGGAGGAGAUGAGGAGGGUAGGUGAUGAGGCUGCUGGUUCAUGGCGUUUUGGCGUUGCUGGUGUUCUUCAUCCUGAUUUCAGGCGCCGUCACCGUCGGAAAUUCACCGGACACGGACAGGGAAUCCCUGCCCUGUCUGAAAUUAUUCCUUGAAGACAGAACCCAGUGAAUCGAGGGAGGUACACGGAAUGAGUCAAACGACUUCCAAUCCAUUUCGGAAAAUGGGACUAGGGUCAUCGGAGUAGACCUUUCGGAAAGCUAUAUCACCGGUCAGAUGUUCAAUAGUUUCUCGUCUCUUUCUGAUCUUCAAUACCUGACCUCUCAAAGAACAAAAUAAAUGAAGUGAUUCCUG